UAGUUUUUAUUGGAAUUCGGAAAUUUCCUAAGAGACUUGCUAAGAGGAGAGUUCGCAGAGAGGCGGGAGAGCGCAAUGGUUGGGUGAUAGUGAAUUUUUCCCAAUUGUUCACCAUGUGGCGGUUUUUCCCACAUAAUUUGAACUCUGUUCUAUUUUUUAAAUAUAACGCUGGAGAUAAUGAGUGAUCAGUCAAAGAAACAGAUAUUUUCGCUAAAAAUUUUUUACGGCUUAAUUGUUUUCCCCAAUUUAUAAAACUUAUCGAUUAAAAGAGUCUUAGAAAAAUAACAGUGUUUUAUAUAUUUUGUUCUCUUGGUUUUCUUCGUUUUCUUUACCAUCUGUACAUCGCCAGUUUUCUACAUGUAUCACGGACUGUCUAUGGGAACUACGACCAAAUAUAUAUAUGUAAUCAGCAAAAGCAAACACCGAAGGUUACAAGUGUCAGUUUGGAUACGUCAGUGAAAUCGUCGAGUAAUAUACUUCCAGGAUUAAAAUUUAAAUUGUAUCUAAUAAUUACUGUUGAAUAACUUUGCAUCAACGACAAAACGUGUCUGUACUUAAUUCGCGGUUAAUCAUAAUCUUACUAUACGUGUUUGUCAAUAUAACACACGUAUAUUGAUGAGGUUCGAAAAUUGACAUCACAGAGAUACGAAUAAAUAAAUAAAGAUAUCGCCGUUUCGUCGUAGGAUUAUGACAAUUAUGAGAGAGUCGUAUGACGGUAUGUUGUCAGGAGACGUUGACGAGCUCUGAAUCCAAUCGUACAAUUACCUGGUAUUAUGACAGGUCCCGGAAUAUACCAUGAACGUCAGGUGAAGGAGUUGUGUGCGUUGCAUGCAUUGAAUAAUAUGUUUCAAGAGCGUUGUUUCAACAAACAAGAACUUGAUCAGAUAUGCUACGGCCUCAGUCCAGAUGUUUGGAUAAAUCCUCACAAGUCGUUCCUCGGACUUGGAAAUUAUGACAUCAACGUAAUAAUGGCUGCAUUACAGAAAAGAGGCUGCGAAGCUGUUUGGUUCGAUAAGCGCAGAGACCCAAAAUGUUUAAGUUUGGACAACAUAGAUGGUUUUAUCCUGAAUGUACCAACAGAAUAUAAACUGGGUUUCGUGCUAUUACCAUUGAAGAGACGUCACUGGGUAGCGCUGAGGAAGAUACACGGUGCUUUCUACAAUCUUGAUUCAAAGCUCGAUUCACCCCAGCUGAUAGGCAAGGACGACGAAUUAUUAACGUACCUGAGGGACCAAAUCGAGAGCAAGGAGAAGGAGUUAUUCCUUGUCGUGUCUCGUGAAGUGGAAAGUCGACAGGGUUGGUUAUGUGAAAAUUUGGUAAACCAAGAAAAUAUUUAUAGGAACGAUAACGACAAUGUGCACUAUAUUGAAGACGGUUUAGUUAACAAUGUAGAGCGCAAAAUACCUAUAACGGAUCUUGAGCUAAAUAAGAAUAACCGUUAUAUGUCUAAUAACCAAAGUACCGAGAGGUAAUCCCAAAUCGUCACGAAAUGUUAUAAAUGUAUUCACGGGUUAUCAGCCUAUAUAUAUUCUACCGUUGAAAUCGCUGGAGUGACAAUACGUAAAAGAAAGCAUGCUGGACAUUUCAUAGAGUGAAAAAAAUCACAAAAAUCAAUACAAAAGUGUUCAGUGAUAUAAUUUAAUUUAAUAAUAAUGCAUAUAAUAUGUAUGAUUUUUGGGUUAAUUGCAAUUCAUGUUUUUCAAUUCAUUCAAUUCUGCAGCAGAGAUGCUUUGUGUAUGAAAUUAACAUAAGUACACUGUACGCCACUACGGACAAAUUUUGUGAUAAAUGUUUUGAUUAAUGUA